UAGCUACCUACCCAUUUGCCUGCAAUGAUUUAAUUUUUGCCAAUUCACAUUACUCAAGAACAAAUAUUUGUCCACUAAAAUAGGAGACUGUGAUCUUGCCUGAAAAUCUCAAGUUGACUAAAAAUGUUGUCAUCUACAUUGAAACCUAUUGUUGUUUCACUUCCCACAUUACCUGAACCACAUGGCUCACAACCAAAAUCAGCACUUUCACUACCAAUCUUGAAGUUUAACAAAACUCUUCAGUUGAAAGGCAAUGGAAAGGAGUUACCUCUGCAGGAGACGACCGCAGCUGCUGUUUCAAGAAGAGAAUUAAUUGGCUUGGCAGCUACCACAUUAGGUGGACUUUCCCUUUUUGCAGCGGGACCUGCAGAAGCACUUGAAGUAGCUGACAUUUGGAGUUCAAUCAAGGAGCUGUUUGGAUUUUCCAAGGCCAAGCCAAAGACUGGAGCUGACAAUGAAAAGAAUCCGAAAGUUGAAAAUGAUAAGAAACCAAAAAUGGAAGAUGAAGGGAAACCAAAGAGUGAAACUGAUGAUAAGAAGCCAAAAGUGGAAAGCCAUGGAAACAAACCAAAGGUUGAAGAUGAAAAGAAGCCAAAAAAUGGAGACGAUAAGAAGGCAUCAACCCCUCAGCAUUCAGAGAAGGAAAAAGUGUUAGCUCCUGCUGUGCCAAACCUUCCCAACAUUUUGAAUAAGAAAGCUCCCUAACUCCUCAUUUAGAAAUGUUGUUGCGCGCAGAUACGUUUCAAGAAACUUGGCAGACUUUUCUAGUGCUACAAUUUAUUGUUGCUAAACUCAUGUCUAAAUGAAGCCUUAGACAAGGUUUGUAAGGGUCAUUGAGUUCAAUGCCAACACUAUUGAAGUAUUUUCAGUAAAAAGAUUUUCAUUUUA